GUUUGAGAGCACUGUGCAGGUUGGCAAACUGCAGGACCUUAUCAACCGAAGUAAGAUGGCGAGGUGUAGAGGACGAUUUGUUUGCCCAGUCAUUCUGUACAAGGGAAAGCAUAUUUGCAGAUCAGCAACGCUGGCCGGCUGGGGAGAGCUCUAUGGGCGCACUGGCUACAACUAUAUCUUCUCAGGAGGUUCUGACGAUGCUUGGGCAGAUGCAGAAGACAUUUCAGAGGAAGAUUCUGCACUUAGAAAUGCAGACUCCCAGCUGUUUGACAAGGUCAGAGGGCACGACAUCAAGCUGCUUCGGUACCUGUCUGUCCGAUAUAUCUGUGACCUGAUGGUGGAAAACAAGAAGGUGAAGUUUGGCUUGAAUGUGACGUCUUCUGAGAAGGUGGACAAAGCUCAACGUUACGCUGAUUUCACGCUUCUCUCCAUCCCAUAUCCAGGCUGUGAAUUUUUUAAGGAAUACAAAGACCGGGAUUAUACAGCUGAAGGUCUCAUAUUUAACUGGAAACAGGAUUAUGUAGAUGCUCCGCUAAGUAUCCCAGUUUCUCUGACCCAAUCUCUGAAUAUUGAUUGGAGCGAGUACCAGAGCUGGGACCUUGUACAACAGACACAGAACUACCUGAAGCUGCUGAUCUCCAUCAUCAAUAGUGAUGAUGACAGCGGGCUCCUGGUGCACUGUAUAUCCGGCUGGGAUCGAACCCCUCUCUUCAUCUCCUUAUUGCGCCUCUCCUUAUGGGCUGAUGGGCUGAUCCAUGCGUCCCUGGAGCCGUCUGAGAUUCUCUACCUGACAGUGGCCUAUGACUGGUUUCUCUUUGGGCACAUGUUAGUCGAUCGACUCAGUAAAGGAGAAGAGAUUUUCUUUUUCUGCUUCAAUUUUCUGAAGCACAUCACCUCUGAGGAGUUCUCUGCUGUGAAGUCGCAGAGAAGGAAGAGUUUGCCACCUGGCUUCACCCUGGAAGAGAUCUGCAUGCUCAAGCAGAGAGACCGAGGCAGCACCACAAGUCUGAGCAGCGACUUCUCCCUGGGGAUGGAAAGCUCCCCUGGAGCAGCUGGGAGCUUCACUUAUGAAGCAGUGGAGCUGAUGCCAGCAGGAGCACAGGCUCAAGCAGCAUGGAGGAAGAGCUGCGCAUCGUCACCCCAAGCCGUGCUCUGGAGCAGGGCACAGCAGUCUGAAGACAGGCUGCCUUCCGCAGGGGUGGUCGAAGUCAAGUCCUCCAGCUCCUCCUCAUCCACCCAUUCUGAUAACUUCCUGAGGAUUGGAAGCAGCCCACUGGAAGUGCCCAGAUCCAGAUCAGCGGACCAUUCUCUGCCCGGAUCUUCCGUUUCCACAGACUUUGGCAGCUGGCAGAUGGUGACAGGGUGUGGCAGUAUUCGGGAGCAGGCAAUCCUGAGCGCAGACGCCUCUCUCCCUUGCAGCUUCCUGGAUGAGUUCCCUAGCACUUGCCUGCUGGUGUCAGCGAGCGACCGCGAGUCCCGGCUGGAAGAAGUGCGUUCCACCUUUCUGGCCAGC